AUGCCAGAUCCGUCUAUGGACGAGCAGAUUCCAAUGAAUGGCGGCAUAACGGUAUCGUUGUCACUUUUAAUACAGGCAAUUAAUGGAUUAAUGUCUGCACAUGUUACAGAAGCAUCUCCGACAGCGUGCCGGACCAAGGAGGGUCAUGUGGGUGAAUGCGUCCAUAGUUACCUUUGCGACCGAUACACUAACACUAUCAUAGUGGACGGAACGGGCAUUAUAGAUCCAAGAACCUCCAGGUUUAAGUCAAUCGAUAACCAAAUGGCCAACUUCGAGUAUUUGGGUGGUGGAUCGUUGAUACACGAAAGGAGUGUGUUGACUUCAGCCCACUUAUUUCAGAAGAAUGAAGAUUACAACAAUCUGUAUGUAGCAGUCGGAGAAUUUGAUCAGGAAAGUGUAAACAUACUCCCCAGGAAGUCUAUCAAAGUGAGGACAGUGUACUUCCACCACGAAUACAAUCAAGUUUUCCUCGUAAAAUCGGUGACAGUCGCUGCACACGUUAAUUUCAUUUGUUUACCACCUAAAUCUGUGGAGGUGGCACCCGGCACGAGAUGCAUCUCCAGUGGUUGGGGCAGAGACGGUCAAGAUGUGCACCAGUAUAUAUUAAACAAGGUGAGUUUAUGGCGCGUAACAUCAGCAAUAUCAUAUUUAACGUUGCCAGACGUCCGGAUAAAGCCUGACAUAGCUACGUUUUUAACUUUUAUUAGACUUUUUCCACUUCGCAAACGAAUGAGAGGCGAGUAUAACCAAGCGCAGGUGAUUCGACAUAUAAAAUUUUUUAAGUAUCUACGUAUUAAUACUAAGACACAAAUCCUCAAUAACGUAGGUUGCGGCCUUUCUACCCAAGUGGCCGGCCAAACUGGUUGGUCUGUCCUACUAUUAGGUUUGGUGACCCGGCAUACCUACGCCCGUUUAACAGUGGGAAGGCGACAAAAGUUGCCUAAAUAUCUACAAGUAAGACAUGCCGGUGAAAUGGCUGCAUGUACACGAUUUACAUGCACUUGUCAGUUGCAUGGCAAUGUUGCAUAUGUUUCCGCUUUAGUUAUUAUUCUAAGGUCUUGCUCUAUUAUUGUCUCGACGUAUUAGCUGCGUCCUUGUCAUUACAGUUUCGCUAGGAACAGCGAAAAACGUCGUUAGGGGCCAUCCAUAAAUUACGUCACACGUUAAGAGGGAGAGAGAGGGAGUCAACGAAGUAUGACAUUGUGUGACAAGGGGGUGGGAGGGUCCUAAAUUUCGUGACGUCACAUUUCAAAAUCUAUUAUAAUCCAAAAACCUUGCAAAAUAUGUGACAUCACACUGGGAGAGGGGAGUCCUACAAAUGUGACCAGCUGUGACUAGGACGGGGGGAGGGGCAAAAAAUCAUGAAAAUCGUGUGACGUGAUUUAUGGAUGACUCCUUACACAGACGCAGAUUUCGUAGAUGUUUUGUUGUGUUUUGCCAAUGUACUAA